CCAAAAUCCACAGAGAAAAUCAGUGAAAUGGUCCGAACCACUGCACAAGAGGAACAAGAACUAUUGCAGUAUCGACUAUGACCACCAGAGGGCAGUGACAGUGUGAUAAUGUUAUCUUUCUCCGGCUCUCUGCUGAUCACUCAGUCCUCACUCAGGAGCUUUGACUCAGGUCCAUCAGUGUCCCUCAGCAGCAUGAUGAAGACAGACCAGAGUUUUUCUCUUCUGUUCUGGAUGAUAUUUUUCGUCACUCCUCCGUCAUGUUGCUGGCACGACUUGGACAACAGUGAGUACGACUGCUGGCCUCUGGACCGACCCAAUGACCAGAACAUGAUCGACUGUGGAGGUCUGGAGAUGGCCUGGGUGGUUCGUCCUCCAGAGGAGGUGAAGAGUGGGGAAAUGUUCAGCGUCACGUACUCCGUCACGGCUCAGGACUCUUUCUACGAGUGGGCUGUGGAAAAAAACAUCUUCACACACAGUUCCAUAGUUGAUGCUGAAGCAGCUCGGAGGUUCUGUGAACAUCACGACUGUCCAAUCAGCUGGAAGGAUGCAGACGGCGAGAACUGCUGCAUUCACCAUGCUAACAUCCACUCCUGUCCACUGGGAUACAUGACGACAGAAACCAUCUGUGGUCCCUGGAUUCCUGACGAUGGAAAAAUCUUCACACACACCAUAUCUACUGCUGGCAAGAUGACCCAGACCAACUGGACCGCCAAGGUUGUUUUGAUUCAUGCUGGUUUGACCUCCCUUAUCGCUCACAUACGAGUGGGUCGAAUGCAGGUGGCUCUGGAGGCCAAGAGCACAGUCCUGCCUGCUGUCAUUUGUGGCGAUGGCGUCUGUGACGAGACCGAGCUUUGUUCCACCUGCCCCGCUGACUGUGGCGAAUGCCCCAUGACCCUGUCCACCAAGCUAUCCAUCGCUCUGCCGCUCACUUUGCUUUGUUUUUGCUUCAUACUGACUGCUGUGUGGCUGCGGUACCAGAAGCAGAAGCUGUUGUGGGACGAGAGUUGGAUCAUUGACUUUGGGACAAUAAAACAAGACCAUGUGGCUCGUUUGACCAUGGGCAGCAUCAUGAGUGUGGUCGUGGCCAACAGUGACAGUAACACCAGCUGUAUAACGGCCCUCAGUUCCUACACUGGACAACCUGUAGCCCGGAAAACACUCUUUACCUGCACUGGAAUUUAUGAUGGCAGAACAGUCGCUAUAAAGAAGAUCCAAACAAAGGCCUUCUCCUUGUCCAGGACUAUUAGAGAAGAAGUCAAACAAGUCAGGGAACUGGAUCACCCCAACCUGUGUAAGUUCAUCGGUGGCUGUGUCGAGGUUCCAAACGUGGCCAUUGUGACCGAGUACUGUCCAAAGGGAAGUCUUAACGACGUCCUCCUUAACGAGGACAUCCCACUCAACUGGGGUUUUAGGUUUUCCUUCGCCACCGACAUCGCCAGAGGGAUGUCGUAUCUCCACCAGCACAGGGUCUGCCACGGUCAACUCAAGUCCAUGAACUGUGUCGUUGAUGACCGCUGGGUUUGUAAAAUAACAGAUUACGGACUGAGGACAUACCGUCAGGACAACAGGGCAGAACCUCUCUCCACCUAUCACCAGAAACUCAUGGAAAUCUACCUGCCACCUGAGUUUCAGGACUCAAACGUGGAGCCCACACUGGCUGGAGACGUGUUCAGUUAUUCCAUUAUUUUGUUGGAGAUCGCAACUCGGAGUGAUCCUGUUCCUGCAGAGGACUCAAACCUGGAAUGUGCCUGGUGUCCUCCUCUACCUGAACUAAUCUCCAGUAAGGCUGACAACACCUGUCCCUGUCCUGCAGACUACGUGGAGCUAAUCCGACGAUGCCGCUCCCAAAACCCUGCCCACCGACCAACGUUUGAACAAAUCAAGAAGUUUGUCCACAGAAUCAACCCGGUCAAAGUCAGCCCCGUGGACAUGAUGAUGAACCUGAUGGAGAAGUACAGCAAACACCUGGAGGUGUUGGUGGCAGAGAGAACCCAAGAUCUGAUGCACGAGAAACAGAAAACUGACCGUCUGCUCUACAGUAUGCUUCCCAAACAGGUUGCUGAUGAUCUCCGUCAAGGAAAACCGCUGCAGGCCCAGAGUUACGUUAGCGCCACAGUCUACUUCAGUGAUAUUGUAGGUUUCACCGUGCUCUCCAGCAGCAGCACUCCGUACCAGGUGGUGGACUUCCUCAAUAAACUCUACACCACAUUUGAUGACAUCAUUGACAACCAUGACAUCUACAAGGUGGAGACCAUCGGAGAUGCCUACAUGGUGGUGUCUGGUGUUCCCCGUGAGAAUGGGAUCCUUCACGCUUCAGAGAUCGCCAGUAUGGCCCUGGACCUGGUGGGCGUCUGCCACACCUUCAGGAUCCCUCAUAAGCCCAACAUGCAGCUGCAGAUACGAGCAGGGAUCCACUCUGGUCCACUGGUUGCCGGGGUUGUUGGAACAAAGAUGCCUCGGUACUGUCUGUUUGGAGAUACGGUCAACACAGCGUCCAGAAUGGAGUCCACCAGCCUGGCUUUGAAGAUCCAGUGCAGCUCCAGUACAUUCUUCUUGCUUGAGGAGAUUGGUGGCUACGUUCUGGAGUGUAGAGGAAACCUGCAGGUCAAGGGGAAAGGAGACAUGAUUACAUACUGGCUGUUGGGGAAGACGUCGACAUCUCAGGCCUCCAAGGAUGCCAAGAGCUCCAAGCACGUCACCAUGGAAACGAAAGAGAUGGAGAAGGAGCGUUAUUCGUACUCAUCGGUGCCAGGUUUCCUGAGCAACGACCUCCACCUGGAUCAGUCCGGAUCUCUUUAGUAUGCCGUCCCAGAGCUCCCUUCAUCACGCCACAAGAGCUGCUGUUCCAACACUGCCUCCUGUGGUCACUUUGUGUCACUAUGAUAUAUAGUGGUCUCUCGUCUAUCGCAUGGGACACGUUCCAAGA